AUGUCGGACGAAGUCAUAUGGCAAGUGAUAAAUCACCAAUUCUGUGCAUUUAAAUUGAAAACAGAAAAACAGAACUUUUGCCGAAACGAAUACAACGUGAGUGGAUUAUGCACGAGACAAUCUUGUCCCUUGGCCAAUGCUCGAUACGCCACGGUUAAAAACGUUGGUGGCAAGCUAUAUCUAUAUAUGAAGACUGCCGAAAGAAGCCAUACCCCCAACAGAUGGUGGGAACGGAUCAAACUCUCCAAGAACUACAACAAGGCAUUACAGCAAAUCGACCAUCAUUUGCAAUAUUGGCAGAAAUUCUUGCAGCAUAAAUGCAAGCAGAGACUAACGAGGUUGACUCAAGUGGCAAUCACGGAGAGGCGCAUGGCGUUGAAUGAAGAAGAAAGGCACGCCGUGGGUGUGAAACCCAAGUUGAAGAGGAGGGAGGAAAAUAGAGAAAGAAAAGCUUUGGCUGCUGCUAAAAUCGAAAAAGCCAUCGAGAAGGAAUUGCUUGAAAGAUUGAAAAGUGGUGCAUACGGCGAUAAGCCUUUGAAUGUCGAUGAAAACGUGUGGAAAAAAGUCCUUGGUAAAGUGGAUGAGGUUGAAGAAGAAGAAGAGUUUGACGAAGAUGAUGAUGUUAAUUUGGAAAGCGGCGACGAAGAAGAAGAAGAAGAAGAGGAGGAUGAAAAUGAUAUGGGUCAAGUUGAAUACGUUGAAGAUUCGGGAGAUGAUGACUUGGUUGAUAUGGAGGAUUUGGAGCAAUGGUUGGGUGACUCGUCUUCUGGUGAAAGUGAAAGCGAGAGCGAAGAUGAAAGUGACGAUGAAAGUGACGAUGAAAGUGACGACGAAGUCGAAGAGGGAGGAGCAUCUAAGAAGAGGAAAGCUGAAGACUCAGAUUCGAAAUCGAAAUCGAAGUCGACAAAGAAACGGAGACCAAGGGUGGAGAUUGAAUACGAGCAAGAGGAAGAGCCGCUUCAAACCAACAUCGCCGUUUAA